UCUCGUCGACGCAUGGUGUCUACUCAACGGAGAGACGUCAUCGUGAUCGUCGACCUUCGUCAUCGAUCGCUCGGAGAAGGGGAAAGAGGUUGUUCCGCUGGAGGAGGAGGAAGAAGAGGAGUUGCGAGGGUGGUGGUUGUGCUGGUUGUAGUGUUGGUGUUGUUAGUAGCGGUGGUUGUGUUAACGGAGAAGAGCGCCUCGAGCGAGGCCAGCGGCGAACGAAGAGGUGCCUCCUCGUGUCGCGUGAACGAACGAUGCUCGACACUGGUGUUACCGUCGCUCUCGUUAGACCGUACCAAGUCUCGCGAUGGAAGUCGACCGUUUCGUGACGAUUCGUCGCGUACGGUCGACCGUCGAGAAGUCACCUCGGUUCCUUAUUAUUUCGUUUCGCAGAAACGAACGUUUGCCGACGUCUUUCGUCAUUGUUUCUAUCGCGUUACCGCGUUCUCCAGUUACAUCGAAUUUCUCGAAAACGCCUCCUUUCCUCCGUCCGCUCUUCUCUUCCGCUGUUGAAAAACUCGUCCAGUGUUACUAUCAGCUCGUCCAGUGCAACUAUCUUACUAAGGAGAGAACUUGUUCGUACUUGAAAGAUUUGUGAUAAGUAAAGAAGACUUAUUUGGGAAGGUGUGUUAAUUUGAUCAAAAUUGCUUAUGGUGCUUCGAACGGUAGGUGAAGAAACGUCUUCGUCAUUACGGUGUUUCGAUAGUCGAUGCGUUACACGCUACUGUGCGUCGUGAAAACAUUGGUGCUCGAAGAAGAGAAAUGGGAAACCACCCGUCCGCCCACCAGCCGCUCGAGAGGGCUACCAGCCAUGCUGGAAAUGGUCUUCGUCUCUCGAAGCGCGAGAGAUCGCCGGGAAAGAGGAUGGACCGGCUGCGGAGGAGCUUUCGAGACAGCUUCCGACGACGAAAAGAUCCUCACGUACCGGAAUCAAGUAAACCUCACCAAUGGCAAGCAGACGAGAGUGCAGUACGUUCCGCUACCUGCGCUUUUCACGUUAAGUAUUUAGGAUGCGUCGAGGUGUUCGAGUCGAGAGGAAUGCAGGUUUGUGAGGAGGCUUUGAAGGUGCUCAGGAAUUCCAGAAGAAGGCCGGUGCGCGCAGUCCUUCAUGUGUCCGGCGAUGGACUGCGUGUGGUCGAGGAUGAGACGAAGGGAUUGAUCGUCGACCAAACGAUUGAGAAAGUUUCUUUUUGUGCCCCAGAUCGCAAUCACGAAAAAGGCUUUAGCUAUAUCUGCAGGGAUGGUACGACCAGACGGUGGAUGUGUCAUGGAUUUUUGGCGUUAAAGGAGUCGGGUGAAAGAUUGAGUCAUGCUGUUGGAUGUGCGUUUGCCGCGUGCUUGGAGAGAAAGCAACGUAGAGACAAAGAGUGCGGUGUAACGAUGACGUUUGAUUCAAAGACGUCGACCUUUACGAGAAGCGGUAGCUUCAGGCAACCGAGUCUUACCGAAAGAUUGCAGGAUACGCGUGAGCGUGCUGUAGAUGUUCCUCCGGUGAAGCAGGUAUACAAUCCCUUCGCUAUUGAGAGACCCCAUGCCACGCCUUCUAUGUUAGAACGACAAGGAUCCUUCAGGGGUUUUACUCAAUUGAAUCAAGCGUCUCCAUUUAAAAGACAGCUCAGUUUACGCGUAAACGAUCUUCCUAGUAAUCUCGAGCGUACACGUAGUCACAGUCUUGAACCUACGGAUUUAUCGCGAAUGCCAUCGACCAUACAGCACAUCGUACCUUUGAAACCUCCAGAGUACGAAGGAUAUGACGAAGUGAGCCCAAUACCGGAAAUAUCGCCAGGUGGACAGGAUAGCGUCUCUGCGAUGUGCCAACAGUUGUCCCAUGGACUUUCCUUGCUUUCGAGCAGCGACGAUUUUGGACCAUUGCCUUCCCAAGCCACAACCAGUUCGGUCGCGAAGCAACUUUUCAUGAAUACUAACAAUACACCUCCCGUAACGAGUAGCAGCUCGCUGGACGACAUGAAAUUACAAAAUGGGCCGAAUCUUAACAACAAUAACAACAACGACAAGAACGAGGAUCUCGCAAAUUUGAACGACGUGAAACCAAGUUGGCAGGAGUCAUCCCCUUCGCCGAUUCUCGCGGUGAAUCCUAGGCUGACGCCUGUCCUAAAUAAGGCCAGCAAUUUAAGUCCCAUUCUUUCGAGGACAAGCACAACCACUCCUGUGGUGAUGAGUACACCCGCGUCUAGCGUAGGUGCCUUUGGGACGCCUACAGCGGCCAGUCCCGCAUUUAGCACGGCCUCUACCUCUUCCCUCGGCAGUACUUCUACAGCGGUGGCAGUGAACAAAUCGACGAUUCCAGUCAAUAAUCAAUUAAACAAAGUUGCAACACCAAGGAGCACCUCUCCUAGCGCCAGUGUAGCUUCGGUUUCUUCCUCGUUGUCCACAGCCGUGGUCAGUGAUGUCUCUGGGAUAUGUCCGAUUACUAUUCCUACGACUCCGGUUCAGGCGGUAGCAGCAGCAGGUACUCUCCCAAAGCCCGAACAAUGGUUAGGUAGUAUAACAGGAGCAGUGCCGGUAUCGACGGCGCCUCAAUCGACCUCCUCUGUAUCGCAGCAAGCUUCGAGCACCAGUCCACGAAGAGCACCGCCAUUACAUGCAAGGGCUCUCUCUCUCGGCUCGGCCGCAAUGAGCGGUCAAGCGAGUAGAGGAGGUCCUUCCGAUCCUUUCGAUGCCGAAUGGGCGGAAAUCGCAGCUAGGAAUCUUCGACAGUCGGCGACGACGACGAAUCCAUUUGUCGUUCCUAACGCUACUCAGGCCUUCCAGGUGCAAUUGUAGCGCCAGGAGUUCGUGAACAGCGUCGCCAAGUACUUUCGCUCGAACACAUAGUGACGGCUGCACGUACGCUCGCGCCUCGAUCUCACCCACGAUCGUAGGUAUUAUACGUGAAGAUGAGAAGGAAGGGGAGGAGAAGGAGAAGGAGAAGAAAAAAAGUCGAUUUCUUCCUCUCCCUUGUCUACUCUCUUAACCGUAAAGACGAGCGAAACUCGACUUGGAUUAUCGCUUGGUUUUUCUCGUCACGAGACGACGAUCCCUGACACGUACCUCAUUGUUGUCGCUGUAGUGUUACGGGGGAAAAAGAGACGGCGAGCGUUUAGCAACGAAUUUGCAUAUGAGAAAGGAAAGAGGAGGGCAAACGGGAGGAAGAAAAUAUCCUAGAGAUUCUAUCGCUUAAUUAUUGUAGUUAGAAAACAAAGUAUGCGCACAGCCUCGAUAGAAGCACGCAUUAAUGUUAGGAGGACGUUGAUGAUGAUAACGACGAUGAUGAUGAUGCACGCUCGACAAAUAAGAACAAGGAGAAGAACGUUGAAAGAGAAAAUGAGGCGUGAAUGCGCUUUCAAAGUAUAUGUAUGUGUGUGUGGGAGAGUGUGUGUGUGUAUAUACACACGUAUAUAUACAUAUGCGCGCGCUCGCGCGCGCGCGCGUGUGUGUGUGUGCGCGUGUGUGUCUUCUUGGAUCGAUCGAAAAAAAGACUGUAGACGACGAUAAAAAGAGUACUUAUGCGAAGAAAGGCAGCCUUCGAAGAAGGACUGCAUAUCUGCUAGUUGCAUAUUUAAAUGUUCGUCCGAUGACGAUUAAUAUUCGAAUAUUAAAAGUAAUCUCGAUAGUCUAGGCUCCAGCCGAGAGCGGUUAUCGUUGUUCUGCAUGAGACGCAAAAUUGUACGCACCAAGAUUACGCUGCACAAGAGUCUAUCUUCUUAUGGCUCUAUUUUGAGACAUUUUGUUACUUUUUAUCUUUGUUUUUGUUUUUAUUUCGUAAUCGGAAAAGAAGAAAAAAACGAGAAAAAAGCAUGAAAAUAAACACGUAGUCCGGCUCGUGGUCGUAUAAGGCACGUAUGAUUAUUCGUUUUUGAUAAGUUUGAAAUUGAUCGAAUUCGUGAUAUUUUAAACGUCAAUGUUUUCACGAUGGAACUGUGAUAUGUAUUCGAUUGGAUACGAUCGCGAGCUAUCAAAGCACCGACUACUCUACCGUACCCUAUCCGGCAAAACGCACGUAGUUACUUAAAAUAAAUAAAGAAUUUAGAUGUUGAAAUUAGAAAGCAGUACAUCCUGCACUAUCGUUGUCUAUUAUACGUAUGAUCGAAUUGCAUUUAAUAUUAUCGAGGAUUAUAGGAGCGAUCAAAGGAGAACGUAUACUUUCACGAAUAUCGAGAUACAAUGUAUCAUGACGUAAUGCAUAUCGAUAAAAUUAGUAAACUGAGUGAAAUGAAAUGGAACGCUGUAGAAGAAUGAGAAAGAGAGAGAGAGAGAGAGAGAGAGACAGAAAACGAUCGUCCAAUUUGACGAGAAACAAACUCAAGAGAGAAACUCCUCGGUCCCUUGUACUAGAAUAAAAAAAAAAAAAAGAAAAAAAAGAAAAAAAAACGAAAAAACGAAAAAAAAA